AUGCUACGGUCGCUUCUAUCAUGGGGUCAGCGCAACACAGAGUACAUCUUUCCAACCGUUGAUCCAAGCAAGGAUGGACCAGACUGCAAGCGCGAUUGCGCCGAUUGCACGGUCGAAUUUCCGUCCAAGGUGAAGAUUGAGUCCUUCAUGCCGCUCUACGGACACGUCAAACAGUUCGAUACACAUGUGUUGGUGGCUACGGGAAAAUCAGACUGGGUUGAAAGAGUGACGCAAGAAAAGGGCAGCUUGAUGGAAGCAUUGGAUUCUGUCAAGCCACGACAUGGGGUAUGCAUCUCGCCAGGGUUUUACGACCGUCUCUCUCACAGAAAGCAGCGACUCAUGAUAUCUGCGUCAAAUCUAAGCCCGCCGGAGAAGAACCUGGAGACCGAGAAGGACAACGUGGGAGAUACCGUGCUGAUUCUACCUUCAUUCACAUUUGUGGACUCUGUGAAGACCGGGGAUGUGCGAGAGCUGGUUGACCGCUACAUCGACACACCGCAGGACGCCGGAAACUCGCAGUCGAAUUCUGCACUUGUAUCACGGCCAUGCGAGUAUGAUUACAUCGUGCUCUUGUGCUCGCAUAAGAGGCGAGAUGCCCGUUGUGGGAUCACGGCGCCGUUGAUCAAGAAAGAGCUUGAAAGGCAUCUGCGUCCUCUUGGGCUACAUCGCGACGCACAUGAUGAGCGCCCGGGGGGCGUCGGGAUAUUCUUCGUCUCACAUGUCGGUGGUCAUAAAUUCGCGGCCAAUGUCAUGAUCUAUCGCAAGAAGGAGCAGCAGAUGAUCUGGUUGGCCCGCAUCAGGCCUGAACAUUGCGAGGGCAUUGUGAAGUACACCCUGUUGCAGGGCAAAGUGGUUCAUCCGGAGAGUCAGCUUAGAGGAGGGUUUGAUAGACAUCGAGGAUUGACGAGUUGGUGA